GAAUAAAAAGCUCGCGAACUUGACAAUUUUUGAUAAGGCCCAUAUAGUCAAUUUGAAGGACGCACAUACAUAAAUAUAUAUAUUUACAUACGCAAAGUGUCAUGCUAAUUAGUAAAAUAAGAUGCAGAUUGACUGAACAUCAAGGAGGAAGUGUGCCGCGAGUUUUCUGGUGGAAUUAAAGUGAAUAAAUUCAAAUAUAUAUAUCAAAGUGACGGUAGAUUGUAAGGUGGAGACAUUUUAGCUUUUGAAAUAAGGUCUAUAAUCAGAAAACGAAUUAGCCCGAAUUGACGAUGCUUUCAAAAGCCGCAAGCAGACUUCCAGCUCCCAGUAUUCUUCGUCAGAAUUCUUGUAUUCGCUUAUUCGCCACUCAAGUAAAAGCAGCUGAUCCAGAUACAACUUUAGCUAAACUCCAAGAUGACUACUCGAAAGCAUCGCCUUUUUCCAAAGUCCCAGGACCAUCAAAACUUACCUUCCUAAGAACACUUUUGCCUGGAGGAAAAUAUUUUAAAAUGGAUUUCGAUCAAAUAAUCAAAUAUCAGAGAGAAGAAUAUGGGGAUUUAUUUAAAUUGCCAGCAUUAUUUGGUGGUGUUGAAUUCAUCGCUUCACACAAUCCAAACGACUUUCAAACAAUUUUUCGAACUGAAGGACAGUGGCCGGAACGGACAACAUUCCAAACUCUAGCGUAUUUCAGGAAGAAAGUACGCCCUGACAUCUACGGAAAAUAUGCAGGCCUGGGGAAUGCGCAAGGAAAGGAAUGGGGUGAUUUCCGAUCAGCUGUCAAUCCUGCGAUGGCGCAACCAAGAAAUACCAAAAUUUAUAUUCCAAAAGUGGACUCCGUCGCUGUGGACUUUGUGAGAAGAAUACUUGAGAUUCGCGAUCCAAAAACUAAUCAAGUUCCUGAAACCUUUGAAGAUGACAUUAACAAAUGGACCCUUGAGUCGGUUGCACUAAUCGCCAUGGAUACACGAUUGGGUUUAUUGGCCCAGACAUACAACGACAGAAGUGCCAAGUUAAUUCAAGCCUCAAAAGAUGCUACCCGUUUAGUAUUCGACUUAGAAUUCAAGCCGUCGCUCUGGCGAAUCUUCGAAACACCCGAUUUUAAAAGAUUAAUGACUGCAUUCAACGCAAUUACCGAUCUGAGCGAUGAAAUAAUUGAAGAAGCCAAAGUGCGGAUUGAGAAAAAGUCAAAGGAUUCGGACGAAAAUGAACAAGGUGUCCUUGAGAAGCUGCUCAAAAUUGACCCGCUCCUCGCAAAGGUUAUGGCUAUCGAUAUGCUUUUCGGAGGAAUUGAUACGACUUCCUCGGCAUUCACAGGGCUUCUCUACCUACUAGCUAGAAAUCCUGAAAAACAGGAAAUAUUGCGCCAGGAAAUUUUGACAAUACUACCUCAAAAGGAUUCUCCAUUGACCGUUGAAAACAUGACAAACCUUCCAUAUCUACGAGCGUGCCUUAAGGAAAGUCUCAGGAUACAUCCACCUGCGAAUGCUAAUGUUCGACUAGCUGGCCAGAAUCUUGUAUUGAGCGGAUAUCAAAUUCCCAAAGGUACUCCAAUAGCUAUGGGUAGCAGUCUGUUAUAUAUGGACGAAAAAUACUUUCCGAAUGCGGAAAAAUACGAACCGGAGCGAUGGCUGAGGAAGGGUAGUACUCCUGCUUCAACAAAAGCAGCCAAUCCGUUCAUCUUUUUGCCUUUUGGAUUUGGUCCUCGUAUGUGUAUUGCAAAACGUUUUGCCGAGAUGGAAAUUGAAACAGCAAUUGCCAGAAUUUUAAGGAACUUCCAUGUAGAAUGGCAUCACUCGGAUUUGAAAUUUAGGUUUACAAGUGUCAAAGUACCUGAUGGAAAAUUAAUGUUCACGUUUAAGGAUAUUGUUAAUUAAAUUUUAUUUGCACUAACGA